CCAGUGUGGGAAACCCGCGUCGAGAACAUUUAUUCAUUUUGCUAUUAAAGAUGGAUAAACGCAAUAUUCAGCUAUUUUGCGUGGUUAUACUGAGUGAAUACUGUUGUCUAAUACAAAAUUUAAUGUAUUACAUGGAAUGCUUUAUGUCAAAGACAGGCACUUGCCCUGUUUUAUCGGUUGGAAAGUCAAUGCGUGAACAAUUUAAAUAUCACUUUGCAAUUGCGCAGCGGAAAACAAAUUGGGAUUGCUUUAAACGUUACUCAGGUUUACGUCUGUUACGUUUUAAACGAUGCGAUAUGAAUGUGUAUCCAUUGACAGGCAUAUUGCUCGAAAAUCAUGUCUCAGCAAUGCAUUUUGAGAUGUCGCGUUUCUUAACGUUUCAAAACAUGGAGCAGAGUGACAUAUUUGCAACGAAAUUAGCCAAAGAUGGAAUUUAUUACUCCAAACACAAUGAAUCUUUGAUUUGUUUUCAUUGUGAAAAGGAGACGAGGCUUUCUGAAAAGGGGGAGUGGACUUUUCAUACAGAAACGUGCGAGUUUAAGCUUGGAGAAGCGACCAUGAACGUGACGUCUUAUGAAGACGAUGCAGGCCUGCUCUUUCAGCAACAGCUAAGGGAGAGCUUGACCCGUCCUUCUAGUGAUUCAAGUGAAUCAGACGAAAGCGAAGAACUCCAAACUUUUUUGCUGGACGAGAUUUUCCAGACCCGCGCAUCGGAGACAGUACACGAUGCAUCAAGCAGUGAGGAUGACGAUGACCAAGAAUUCUAUCCAGGCGUUUCUAUGACAAAGCCCCAACAUAGAGAAUAUGCGAUUGCCGAACUCCGUACAAAAUCCUUUGACCAUUCCAACUGGCCACCAGACCACCCAGUCCCUGUACAGCUUCUAGCUGAAUGCGGGCUAUUUUAUGUCGGGCAAAUGGACACGGUUCGGUGUUUUUAUUGCAAUUGUGGAUUUAGGAACUGGGAAAAAAAUGAUGACCCGUGGGUAGAACAUGCCCAUCAUUCACCGUCGUGCACUUACGUUAUUCAGAAAAGAGGAAUGUCAUUUGUCAAAAAAUGCAAGGAUAAAACCUUUUACGAAAGAUCUCUAUGGAACACUCCGGUAGAAAUUACGGAUUCAAAUAAUAGCAGUUGUAUUGACGACCAUCAAUCAGAAACAGUUCAGAAUCGUUCUUCAUCUACAACAAGGGUAACAGAAACAAAUAUAAAUCUGGCUGAAAAAGACCGUAAAUACGACAGAUCUCAAAGUGAGGAAUGUCCUGAAAGCGAACUUAACCAAGAAAGAUCUCAAUCUAAACAUAUCUUUAAAACACCUGAACCAGCUGAAAAUCAGGUUUUUGACGAAGAAAGAUCUCAAAAUGGCAGCUCCUGUUUAAAUAAAGAAACAGUAGCUGGAAGUUCUGGUAAUACGCGAUCUCAUGAAAAAGUAUCUCAUGCACUCGCAUCAAAAUCAGAGGAGGGUUUCAACCAAAAUACAGGGGUCCCUUCUUCUUCUCUAAUAGGCGGGAUACGCUACAAAGAUACACAAAGCGAAGACGUUGUAGCUAAAGAUUCAGAAUCAGAGACUAUAAUGGAGAGAUCUACUCGCAAACGCCGCACGAGUUCUGGUGAUGAAGACGACGAAGAGACGACUGCGGUUUCUGAGAAUAAAAUUAUGAAAUGGGCUAAACCAUGUGUCGUUUGCUUUGUCGAGCAAUCCAAUAUCCUUUAUAUUCCCUGUCGGCAUCUGGUCACUUGUGUGGAAUGUGCACAUGCGCUUAGGAAAUGUGCGGUGUGCAGAGCGAAGAUAAAGGGGACAAUUCGUGUUCAUUUAGGCUAACAGUUCGUACUGUGUCCGGUGUAUUUGAACAUAUUAUUAUUUUACAUUUAAUUCACCAAUUUAGUAAUUUAUCUUAUACGGUACUUGCUUAUACGGUACUCCAUAAUUUCGAUAGGUUAUUUUGAACCUAUUGGACUUGAUUUAAAAGUGAGCCAAAAUUAUAAGAAAUGGAAACUUUACAAAUCGACUUACAUGGUUUGUGUUUAUUAACGUUUUUUGCUAAUAGUAUUUGCCUGUUGUAUCUGUGCUUUUUUCUUCCAUCUUGAACUGUAUGUUAUCAGGGUUCUUUCUAUGAUAUAAUUAUGAUGUUUGUCAUUUGUGUUUUAGAGCUCAGGUCUUUAAUGUACUCAGUGAUUUUUUUUAGAUUUUACAAAUUUUAAGCUCUUUAGUGUGUUUUAUUGUAUCUAUGUAUAUACACUUGAUCUUAAAUAUGAUUUAGUUAUAGUAUUUUCUUGUACUUUUAUACUUGUCUGCCUGCACGUUUGUUAGUUUGUGAUUAUAUGUUCUAACAAGAUGCUCUUUCUUUAUAUAAUGUAUGCAAAUAGCCUAAUAUAGUAUCAGAACAGUCUGAUUGCAUACACAUCAAAACAUGUUUUGAUUGUUUUAAACAUUCAGAAUAUGUAAGCCUACAGAUGGUGCAUAUUUAUGAUAUUGUUGCGUGUAUUAAUUGAUAUUCGUGUGUUGUUGUUGAUGGUAAUGUUGUUGUUGUUGUUGUUGUUUUAUUUAAUUUUGAUAUUAAAAGUGUUCUGUUUUGUGUCUUAUCAAUGUAUAAAAUAAAGUAAACAUAUUCAAUAUAUAAAAAGUGAUAAUUAACUGGAACGAUUGUGUGUGAUGGUACGUGCUAUUGAUACCGUUUUUAGUUUGACAGUUGUAAAAAGUAAUUUUACGCUGUGUUUUUAUUAUAGUUUGUCUGAAUAUGCUGAUGCGCCUUAAAUACGUUGUUAAGGAUUAAUUUCUUGAAUGGAAUGUCUGGACUGUGCCUUAACACUAGCUUACGUAUUUAACCACCAAGUAAUCCGUUAAUACAAUGAUUAUGUGUUAUUUGGAUGGCUGGUGACCAUAUCAUUUUGGUAUCAUUUGAAAGACAUUUAUGUGUAAAAACAUAUGUAGAAAUAUAUCAACAAACUAUUAGGAAGAAUCUUAAUUGGCCAUCAAGCAUCACAAAAUAUAUUCAGAUAUGUUCACGUCCGAUGUAGUUUAAUUCAACCUAAACAAAAUGCAAUAACUUUCCAUAAUAUAGUUCGUUUGAUUCAGUUUAGGUAUAAGUGAUAUAAGCGAGCAAUACCCUUUCAAAUGCUAUUUAAAUUAUAUACAAUAUUGGUAAUGGAAACAUCAUUCUAAAACGGAUAACUAGACGUUUAGUUCGUCGGAUAUACCUUUAAGUAUGCACGUAUUAGUUCUGAUCUCUGUCUGGCGUUUUAUUUGUUAAUUUAACACGAGUUACGAAUACAUAAAUAGUAUUGUGUAAGCAUAAAUGAUGCUCUUCUACAACAUAUGCAAUAAAAAAACCUCUCUUUUUUCUAGUUUUCGUGUAAGUGUUGUUGUGUGUCUAACGCUUCCUCGAAAUUUGAUGAGUAAUUAACAACAGAAAAGAAAACUAUAAGUAUAGAUUAUUUACAUGAUGAAUAUCAGAAGUUAAGUAUUUCAUUUAAAGAUAUAAACAAUUCUAUGCAAAUUGCUGCAAACUGCAAACCAUAAGUGUGUACCAUUUCUUAAUCAGAUUGAGUGAAGUAGUCGACAAUGCGAACGGACAUAAUCGAUAUGCCAACCCUACUGUUAUACAAGUAUAUAUCAUCAUGCACCAAGUUUAAAGGCUACUUUGUAUUGGAUGUUUCAGAAAUUGUAAUGACUAAAGAUAAUAUCAUAAUAUGAUUGUACUUAAUUUAAAAACAAAUUCUCUGAUCGUAGGUUUGAUUUACCUAGUAAUCAGUUUCAUAGUUGUCAAACAGUGCAGUAUCUCUUUGAUGUUAACAGCUAUCGGAAAGCACACUUACUUUCUUACUGCCUGUCCUAGUUUUCUCAAGUAUCACGUGACUGUUUUAUACAAGGGUUUAAGUGUGCAUCACAAGAAACUGGCUUACAUUGCAAAGAUUUAUAACAAAGCAUAGAUAAGCUGUUGACAUUACUGGUGAAAAGGAUAUACAUAUACAUUCUAACGAGUUGCUUUUAUAUUAGACUUACUUCUUACUUCAAAAUGCCAGGUGGUUGUGGUAAUAUUAAUGUUUUCUUUGAAUAUUAUAACUAUAAGUUGCAUAAAUCAUUCCAGGUAUGUAAAAAAAAUCAGUUGAUCUUACAAUAAUGCAUUAAAAGUCAGCGGCAGGCGUUGGAGUAAAACCUUUUGUUAUCGACACCAUGAUUAAAUGCGUUAAAACAGAAUAUACUACGCACCCGGUUUACAGAAAUGUCAAACAAAGUGGGUCAGCUUAGAUUAGUUCCUGUUCAUGUAAAGAUAUUGGCUCGUGUUCCAAGGCAUGCGGUGGAGGGGAGUGCUGCUUGUUUUCCAAGAAAUAUUUAUGCACUGGACGCUGUAACCAACAUUCCUGUCGAUGGUCAUCGCCUCCUCCAUCCCCACCACUGCCAGAAACGACAACACCAGAUUUUAUUUCAAACUCCACAGGGUCGUCAAAAAAUACAAGCGCAAUUUCCUCCCCAUUUUACUCGAAAGGUGAACCAUCAGAAGGUAGUACUUACUUCCAUCUUCGUCUUGGCAUGAAUGUGGGGUUUUUUGGCAUUUCGACGGGAGAAGUUGUUGCAAUAACGGCGGGAUGCUGCAUGUUUCUACUGGUAAUUUUGUUGAUGUCACUUCUGUGGCGAAGAUGGUCGAGAUCUAAGCCCACUCCGAGCAGUGGAGUUGGAGGAGCCACUGUGGUAAAUGAACUGUAUGAGGCAAAUCCAAAUAUCCACUAUCUAACUGUCAUCUAUAACGAACAAGACAAAAACAAUCAAACUUAUGCCAACUGCCAGAACUUUCCCGGAACAAGUGGCACGCUUCAAGCGAGCGAAACAUUUGCAUCGCCAUCUGCAAUGUUCAAUCAAUAUACUGAUGUAGAUGAUGACGAGGUGCAUAGUGUUGAUGCACCCUACGAACAAGUUGAUAUUAGCUGAAAGCAGCUGUUGCGUUCAGACGAUGUUUUGUUUAUUUCAAUAGAUACAUAUUU